UCAUGAAUCUGUCUGUCUGUUUGUCAUUUAGUCCCACGGAUGCAUAUCGUGACUUUCAAUUUCAAAACUUUAUAAUUUUCUAUUUAAUUUACUCAAGUAAGUCGUCAAGUGGUAAUUUGGAGAUCGCCAAAUAUGCCGAAAGUUUCAGUAAAAGUAAAGUGGGGCAAGGAGACAUACCCUGGCGUGGAAGUGAAUACUGAGGAUGAUCCUGUUGUGUUUAAAGCACAGAUAUUUGCUCUAACGGGGGUGCAACCUGAGAGGCAGAAAGUGGUGUGUAAAGGUGUCACAUUGAGAGAUGAUUCAUGGGCAAACUUCAAAUUGACUAAUAAUGCAUUAGUGCUAGUAAUGGGGAGCAAAGAGGAGGAUGUACCUGCUGCUCCCGUGGAGAAGACCAAGUUUGUGGAGGACAUGAAUGAGUCUGAAUUGGCUACUGCCUUGGAUAUGCCAGAGGGACUAAUCAAUUUAGGAAACACAUGUUAUAUGAAUGCAACAGUUCAAUGUCUCAAGACUGUUCCCGAAUUGAGGAAUGCAUUGAUUAGUUAUGACAAAUCGUCCGGCGGCGGCACGGCGGGCGAGCUGACGACGGCGCUGAGCGAGACGAUGGUGGCGCUAGAGGGCGGUGGAGCGGGCGCGUGUGCGGGCGCGGCUGCCAGACUGCUACGGGCGCUGCAUGCGACCGCGCCGCGGUUCGCGGAGCGUGCUGCCGGCGGCGGGCUCGCUCAGCAGGACGCGUCUGAGUGCUGGGCGGAGAUCGUGCGCGCGCUGCAGCAGCGGUUGCCGGCCGGGCCCGUCGCAGCGCCCAUCGACGCUGCUGCCGUCAGUGACAGAACAUCUGUUAUAGAGCAAUACUUUGGUGGAACAUUAGAUGUUCAAUUAGUAUGCUCGGAAGCUGAAGAGCCUCCUACUCGCAACACAGAAUCUUUCCUACAAUUAUCCUGCUUUAUCUCCCAAGAUGUCAAAUAUCUACAAUCUGGUCUGAGAUCGAAAAUGUCAGAACAAAUCACGAAGUUGUCGCAAACAUUGGGACGCGAUGCUAUUUAUACAAAAACUAGUAAAAUCAGUCGGCUGCCCGCAUAUCUCACUGUGCAGUUUGUUCGCUUCUACUACAAGGAAAAGGAAUCUAUCAACGCUAAGAUCUUAAAGGACGUAAAGUUCCCCCUCGACUUGGACGUAUACGAACUAUGUUCGCCGGAACUUCAGGAGAGGCUUGCACCAAUGAGGGCGAAAUUUAAGGAAUUGGAUGAUGCUACCGUAGAGUCGUCACUAAAUGCUAGAAAUAAAAACCAUGGCGACAGUAAAAAGGUGAUUAAAAAGAAGACAGUUGUGCCAUAUUGGUUUGAUAAUGAUGUGGGCAGCAACAACAGUGGUUACUACCGUCUGCAGGCGGUGUUGACGCACCGCGGGCGGUCGUCAUCUUCGGGGCACUAUGUGGCGUGGGUGGCGCGCGGAGACUCCUGGCUGCGCUGCGACGACGACACCGUCACCCCCGUCUCCGAGGAGGAGGUGCUCAAGCUCAGUGGUGGAGGCGACUGGCACUGCGCCUACCUACUGUUAUACGGACCCAGGAUCCUGGAGUUACCUGAACAGGAGGAAGAACCCAUGGUGACGGAGGUGACCGACGACACCGCCGGAAACCCCCCCACAGCGCUCGCGUAAAUACCGAGCACUCUCUCACAAGGCUGACUCGAUGCUUCUCGAUGUUAUAAAUUUCCCCGUGCGACUACUCUCUAAAGAAUUUGAUAGUUAUUGAUAAUACCAAAGACUUGCAUAUACAUCAGGUGACAUGAAUGAGAAGAAAAUUUUUGAAGAAAUUUAUUGAUAGAAAAAGUUAUUAGAAACGGGUUUACACUUACAAUUAAAAUUUUAUACAUAUAUUAAUACGUGAAGCAAAAAUUUUCGCACCCUUUGCAAUGCAAUAAAAAAAUAUGCAUAAAAAUUAAAUUCAUAAAUAAUUACACGACUGAUAACAAAACAUCAAUGUCAAUAUUUUUAAUUGUCAAAUCAGCUAAUCGAGAGGUGUUUCUGUGCUGUUAUGAAAUAAUGUUUAAACUUAUACUUUAAUUUAUUAUGGUCUAAUUUCGGGCACUUGGCGACCACUAGUAUAAUUAUUCAUAUGGUUGUAAUAGUCUGAACACCGUAGACUUUAUAUAAAGU